UGCAUUCAUGUCCUCUAUCACUUUAAUUUUAGAUUAUUAAUAAACUUUAUAAGCUAAUUUAAGCUCUUCUCAGAUCAGAGUCUUGCUUGCAUAUUUGAUCGAUCUAGUUUUUCAGUGUGCAAUACCAAAACUUAAAACUACAUACAUAUUCUUACCAUCCAGCAAGUUAAAUUAAAGAUUGGAAUUGAGAGAUAGAUGGCUUGUGUUGCUUUAGCUUCUCUGAUUAAAACCAUUGAGAUUGAGUUUCUUCGGAAAACAGCAAGGGUAAGCCUGUCUCUCCAUGAUCAUGAUCGAGCAGGAAUCAACGCUUUCCUUGAAAACCUUUCUUAUUUGCAAGCCCUUCUCCAGAUGGAAUCCAGUGGUGAUGGUGAUGCAGUACUCAAAGUCAGAGAUUUAGAAGUGGAAAUCAGAGAGUUUGCACUCAAAGCUGAAGACGACAUUGAACUACACCUUAGCAACUUCAUCCUUCAUCAACACGGAGAAAAAGCUGCAGCUUCCCAUCAACUCCUCCUCCAUCAAACUUUGAAAGAAGCUGCAAAAUAUGCAACAGACCUGUUGUACUCAUCAAAAAUGUGUAGUGUUGCUUUAACUAGUCUCAUCAAAAAAAUUGAGCAAUACUUCCCAAAGGUGUAUGGUUUUGAUGAUAAAGCAGCAAUAACAAUGGCAUAUUUCUCACAGCAACUUUCUACCCUGCGAGGCUGCUUAUUGAAGGAGAGGAAUUCCAAUAAUUCUGGUGCUGCAAUCAAAGAAUUGGAAACCAGAAUCACAAACUUCGCACUCAAAGCUGAAGAUGACCUCCAAAUACAAUUAAAAGAUUUCCUUCAAGCCAAACACACCGGACGUCUAAAAAAAGCUUCCCAGAAACUCCAUCACACCUUGCAAGAAGCAGCAGAAAGCGUACAAGAGUUGUUGAACAUAAUCAAAAGUAGAAGCAGCAAUGAUGAUGAUGAUGAUGAGGCAAAUCAAACUCAACCAUCAAAUACUUGGUUAAAACAUGCUAGCUCUACGAAUGUUGAAUCUGAUGGAUCCACCUCGCACGGCUUUCUAAAGCCUGAGGGCAGAAUGGUUGGUCGUCACCAUGAUUGUAGAGUGAUAAAGGACCAACUCUUUUCUCAAAAUUAUGCCAUACCAGGUAUAUUCUCAAUUGUUGGAAUGGUGGGUAUUGGAAAGACGACUGUAGCAAGAAAUGUGUAUGAAGAUCCAUCAGUUGCAUCCUAUUUUGAUGUAAGAGGUUGGGUUACUGUACCUCAACAGUACAAUAAGAGCGGAAUACUAAGCCAACUUCUUCACUCAAUUACACCAGUAGAAGAGCCAAAUGUAAUUAAAAAGGGAAGCACUCCUCAUGAAGUAGCAAUGCAGGUACACAAAUGCUUUGGUGGUAAGAAGUAUCUAAUUGUUUUGGACAACAUUAUGAGCAAGCAAACUUGGGAGCAAGCUUGGACUGACGUAAGAGAUUGUGUUUUUAAUGGAUUAGUUGGAAGUUGCAUAUUACUAGUGACUAGACACUUAGACCUAAAAGUCCAUACCCAUAAGAUGACUCUGCUAGAUCCAAAAGAAAGCUGGGAGCUAUUUUGUAAUAUCCUUUCUAUUGAUGAAGAGCACUUGGCCCCUAAAUUUGAAAAAAUUAGGAACCGUGUUGUGGAGAAAUGUGAUGGAUUACCCCAGUUAAUUGUUGAAGUUGCCAAGCGUUUAUCUAAAUGCAACAACAUACAACAAGGGUGGGAAAAGAUUGAAAAGGAAUUAGAGUCAUUGGGACUUCUAGAUCGCAAUGCACUCAGUGUUAGUUAUAAUAUGUUGCCACAUCAUUUGAAAGUCUGCUUUCUAUAUUUUGGAGUCUUCCCAAAACGUAAAAAAAUUCUGGUUAAAAUGCUUAUAAGGUUGUGGAUUGCCGAGGGAUUUGUGAAGCCAUUAUUGAAACAUAAGGAGUUAGAAGAUGAAGCUUAUGGGUACUUACAAGAGCUUACUGACAGAAGUAUUCUCUUAAUUGAAGAUCAAAGUUGUAUCAGCGAAAUAAAGACUUGUAGAAUGCACAGUGCCUUACAUAGCUUCUGCGUAGGAGAAUCUCAAAAAGAAGGUAUUUUAUGUGCAGUAAAUACUCAGCAACAUUCAGGAUUAUCAUUAAAAACAUUUACAAAUUCCUGUCGUUGGCUAAGUUCUUACUCACACAGUUUUGACUAUUAUGUGCUCUUUGGUACCAACAUCCCUCGCUCCAUUUUCUUCUUUCUUGAAAAUCCUGAAAUGUUUGUUCCUCCCAAGCUAUUAAGAGUUUUAGCUUUUGAUACUUGUAUAUCACUUCAAAGAGUGCCAGUGCAAUUAGGAGGUUUAGCUUUUCUGAGAUACCUAUCCAUAACACAAUGGUUUGAGGAUUUGGAUGAUGUCGUGUCAAAUAAUCCAAAUUUAGAGACACUUGUUGUUUAUGGUAAUGGAGCACCAACAGUCCAUUUGCCAUCUAGUAUUUGGAAGCCGCCAAACUUAAGGCAUCUCGAACUUGGCAAUUCAUAUAUGGUAGAUCCUCCAAAUGCAGAUAAAAAGAAUUUACAAACAUUAUCUUGGGUGGUGAGACCAAUUAAUUGUAGACAAACGGUGUACAGCAAGUUCCCUAACAUAAAAAAUCUGAAAAUUUUCCUGAAGGAUGACAUGGAGCCCAGUCACAUUAAUGGAUGUUGCAGCAAUCCUAUUACUUUGGAUCAUUUUGACUGUUUGGAAGUGGUUGAGAAGCUUAGCAUUUCGUAUUCUAUUGGUUUGAAUGCAGCACUACCAAAAGAGUGUAUGUAUCCUUCAAGAUUGAAGAAGUUGAAGUUGAGUGGGACUAAUAUUUCUGAGGGGGAUUUAAAUGUAAUUGCCAGGUUACCCUAUCUUGAGGUGCUCAAGUUGGAAAAUGCUUUCCAUGGAACAGUAUGGAAAGUAGCUAAUGGAAGAUUUCAUCAAUUAAUAUUCUUGCUCCUUGAAGCUAAAGAACUCAAGCAGUGGGUAGUUGGCCAGUACUUUCAGACGCUCAGGCACUUAGUCUUAAGAUCCUGCAAUUGUUUGGAACAGAUCCCAAUGCAUUUUGCAGAAAUUUGCUUCCUGGAGUCAAUUGAGUUGGAGGGGUGUAACUCUUCCCUUAUCGCUUCUGCCAAGCAGUUACAACAGAAGAGAAGACCCAGGGAUGUUAAGAUCAAAAUCCUUGGCCCCGAAUAUGAUGACUCACAGAAUACACAUACAGAAUUGUCUAUGUAAGAUGACUUGGGCGGCCAGCCUCAUAUAUAGUAAAUAACUGUUGGAAAAUGAUCGAGUAUCUAGAAGUUGGUCUUGAAAGAUGGGCUGAAGAGCUUGGUGUUAAAAAGACGGUGUAUAACUUUUUAUUAGCAAACAUUAUAUUUGAAGGAGAAGAAGAUGUAUGACUGGGGCAAGAAUUAUAUUGGUAUGUCAAUUGAAUACGUUUUUGAAAACAUUUUCAAACUGGGAAGCUAAGCUGCUAGUAGUCAAGUAUUGAAGAUCUAGAUCAAGAUCGGUAUGCAAAUUGGAUACCAUUUUGACAAAUUUCCAAAGUGAUAGUUCAUGCAUUUUGAAAGGCCUCAAAUUAAUCAAAGAUUUAACUGUGAUUCUUGUUUCAAACAAAGGGCUUUAGAUCCUGUAGUCGUUCUUCAGGCAUUUUGUAAGGCAUCAAAUCAAAUAUUUGACAGCGAUCCUGGUUUCAUAAACAUCACUCUCAAAUCCUAAAGUUAGUCCUCAGACAGACAAAUAGUUUCUCAUUUGCAGGCGAUUAAAGAUAGACGAUGAAGAAUGUUUGAGAUCAAAAUCAUCGGACUUGAUUAUGAGGAAUCACUACUUAAAAGAUGAGUUGACGGAGCUCACAGUGAAUUUACUGUUGUUUGAAAAAUAUAUGGGCAUUAAGCAUAAACUUGCUCAAUCCCGGCCAGAUAAUCGAAAGAUGCAGUAUAUAUGAUAAUACCCGGUUUUCUCAAGGCAAUGGAUAGCUGAAUAGUAGGCUACUAUCUUUAAUUUGCUCAAGAUGCUAUUGCAGAAUAUGCUAAUAGAUGGUGUUGAAACACAAGCUAGAUGCUAUUGCAGAAUAUGCUAAUAGAUGGUGUUGAAACACAAGCUAGAUGCUAUUGCAGUUUGCAGAAUAACUCAAGCAUACUGGUAAAUCCUCUGACUAGGAAUAAAUAUAAUUUGCAAAUAUUACCUUGGGUGAGACUAGCAAGCUGAAAUGGGAAGCUAAUAAACUCGAGCAUGCAUGAUUGUAAUUUCAAUGUCUAAAGUGGUUAGUUUUGAGAUAUAUAUGUUAUUAUAUGGAAGAUCAGAGCUCCCUUAGCUUGAUGUUUAACCGAAUAUUUGACAUUGCGGCCGGUCAAUUAAAUUGGAUUAGUGUGGCCCUAGCUUUACGUUGUAGCUUCUGCUAAGCGUAUUUGAGACUAGCAAGCUGAAAUGGGA